AACGAGCCUCACCGAGCAUGGCAUGUCCGAUUAAGCGUUAAGCUCUCCCUGCUAAAAGUGAGAGGCUACAUCAAGUGAUCAACGAGCCUGAGGGUACGGCACAUGCCUGGGAAGAGUUCGGUCUGACUCCGUAGCUUCCCCCAGGCAACACGAACGCAGCAACUUAUCUUUCUGCCUCAGCAAUGGCAGAAGCUGUUAUAAGACACUGGGUGGAAACUCCUGUACGCUAUCAAGAGCAGUUUGCUGCCCAGGAGCUGGAAGCACACAAACUGGAUCACUCUCUGUAUGCUUUGCCGGGCCCUUCUACAGCAGCACUGAGCAACAGAAGGCGAAUGGUGGAAAGUACAACUGGGGCUGAGAGCAGUGGCCAGGAGCAGGGAAACACAGGCUUUCAGGUCUUGCUGGAUGUCGUGCAGUUCCGCCCUGAAGAUAUCAUCAUUCAGACUUUUGAAGGCUGGCUCCUGAUCAAAGCUCAGCAUGGACCCAGGAUGGAUGAACAUGGUUUCAUAUCGAGAAGCUUUACCAGACAGUACAAAUUGCCUGACGGAGUGGAGAACAAAGAUUUGUCUGCGCUCUUCUGCCAUGAUGGCAUUUUGGUUGUUGAAAUGAAGAACCCGGUGGGGAUGAAUUUUGAACCUUGUCCAUAGUUUAUUGUGCUUUUGUCUGACCCUGAUGCCAGUGAGUAGCCCUGUUCUGCUGACGAAGCAUGUC